GUCUGUGCAAAGAUAUCUUCGGCAGCUUGUGGAAGAGUACAGAGAUGUCACCAAAACAUUACAACAUGGGUUUCUCAACGACCCCCCCAGGAAAGAGUUGAACAAGAGACAGGUGGGACUUUCACCAGCGCUGAACAUGCCGCGAAAGACCUAGAGGAGGUUGAAACUCUGCUUCAAAGGACAGUCGGUUCCAAAGAGGAAGACCGACAAAUGGUCCAGCUACUGAAAGAGGAACAAGCACAGAUCACCCAAAGAAUCGAGUCAUUGAGAAAAGAUUUGAUCCAGACACUAGUACCCAGUGACCCACAUGACACCAGUAAUGUCCUUCUGGAGGUGGUAACAGGGUGGACAACAGGAGGUGACAUCUGUCAACAGUUCACCAGAGAGAUGUUUGACAUGUACCAAGGCCUUGCCAGCUAUAAGAACUGGGACUUUGAGAUCUUCAACUACAUACCUGCUGAAUAUGGUGGACUGCACCAUGCGGCAGUAAGGAUAGCGGGGGAGAGUGUGUACCGGCGUCUGAAGCAUGAGGGAGGGAUACACCGGGUCCAGAGGAUUCCCGAGGUGGGCCUGUCCUCCAGGAUGCAACGCAUUCACACAGGAACCAUGACCGUCAUCGUCCUGCCACAACCCAACGAGCUGGACAUCAGCAUUGACCCUAAGGACCUGCAGGUUGAUACGUUCAGAUCGAGAGGGGCGGGAGGUCAAAGUGUCAACACAACCGACAGUGCUGUCCGAAUAGUACACCUGCCAACAGGUAAGAGCUUACAGUUCGGGGAGACAGAAUAUGUACGGUGUCAGACAUCCCGCUCUCAGCUGCAGAAUCAUGACAAGGCCCUGCUGAAGGCCCGCCUCUACCAGAGCAUGAAGGGCAGAGAGACUUACUGCACGGAAACAGCAGAGCCAUUCAUGUUACUCCUUCUCCAGGUGGGCACUCGCUCCCAGUCGGAGAGGAUUCGUUCCUACAACUUCAGCCAGGACCGCGUGACAGAUCACCGGACUGGCUAUGUGACCAGAGAUAUCAAGGAGUUCAUGAGGGGCGGGGAGCCCCUGGAUGAUCUGAUCUCAGAGCUGUUGGAACACGGAGACAAGGAGGCUCUGCUGGAGCUGGUGGUGACCUGCAGUCAGAGAUACCGACUCAAGGACAGUGUGACGCCUUAGUUCUGGGAGCUAGCUAACAUGACCCACUGCUGCAGCACUGACAGGAGAACAGUCAGACCAGAUAUGGAAGCAGUGGCGCGAACACUGAUCCUGGUUCAGUUUGUGAAAAGAAUGGAGUGUGGGUGGAGAAAAGAGAGCAGAGAGAGCCUGGCUGCAGACAACCCAGCUCUUUAACCAGUCUCAAACAUGUACACAAUUACACCCUAGCAUCUUAAUAAAGUCCUAAAAUGUUACUGAAAAUAGUUGGUGAUACACACUAUUGGGUGUGUCAGAGCUAUGUUUCAGCCCAAUACACAUGCUCUAAUCUCAAGCACCCAGGCUGUCUGGCAUUAGGCCAGACAUGGCAUCAGUAUCUCUCCUACACAGCCAUAGCAAUGAGCGUGUAUUGGCACCAAUGAAGGGUUGAAUUACUGUCGAGGCUACUCGAGCCCCUGUGAAAUGUUUGAGUUGCUUUGACAGAAGUGUGCAAAAUAAAUCCAUGGAAGACUAUUGAUUACUGAAGGCUGAUGGAGGACUAAAGGCUGCGGACUAAAGGAAGAAGCAUAGAGAAAAUUUCCACACCAGCAGAGUAUAUAUUCAAGUACAACAUUUCAUCAAUCAUACUGUAGAAAACUUUGCAUUCUCCUUCUCGCAUACUCCAACCAUGUUGGGGUACGGUUCAGGGCUGGGUUUCCCCAAAGCAUCGUAGCACUAGGAUCAUGUUCAUUCCAUUGAAACUAAAUAGACAAAAGAUGACCUUAGUGCUAAGAUGGUUUUGGGAGACCCAGGCCUGAGCAUGUACAGGUGGCGAUGUGGAAAAUGACCACCACCACCACAGUAAGGACAUCACAGCGGUCCAUCACAAGCCAUCCACAAACUAUCCAGUUAAAAAUACAUCACACACACACAUAAGAAAAUAUCUCUGGGAAUGAUAUUGUCUGUGUCUGUCACGGCUGUAUGCAAUUCAACUCAAAUAAAAAAGCAGGAGGGCAUCAGG